AUGGUACAGAAAAGUAGUAUGUCCAGGACGCCUUCGACCUCAACCCAGGAGAUCCAAAUGGACAUGUUCGACCAUCAUCCUCACACACAGGGAAAGUAUGCCAAGAGGAAGAGCCGAUUUAAGCGCUCAGAUGGAAGCACCUCCUCUGACACCACCUCGAACAGUUUCGUCCGACAGGGCUCUGCAGACUCCUACACCAGCCGGCCGUCAGACUCAGACGUGUCCCUGGAGGAGGACCCAGAAGCUCUGAGGAAGGAAGCAGACAGACAGGCCCUUGCCACGCUCGAGAAAGCAAAGACCAAACCUGUGGCGUUUGCUGUGCGGACAAAUGUCGGUUACAACCCCGGCCCCAGUGAUGACGUUCCUGUGCAGGGCAUGGCCAUAUCCUUUGAAUCCAAAGACUUCUUGCACAUUAAAGAGAAGUACAACAACGACUGGUGGAUCGGUCGUCUGGUGAAGGAGGGCUGUGAGGUUGGCUUCAUACCCAGCCCUGUGAAACUGGAGAACACCCGUCUGCUUCAGGAGCAGAGGAUGAGACAGAACCGACUCAGCUCCAGUAAAUCUGGAGGAAGCUCCAGUCUGGAUGUUGCCACUGGAACCCGCAGGCCCACCCCUCCUGGCACAGGUGGCCCAGCUAAACAGAAACAGAAGUCGAUGGAGCAUGUCCCCCCCUAUGACGUGGUUCCCUCCAUGAGACCCAUCAUCCUAGUCGGACCGUCGCUCAAAGGCUACGAGGUGACAGACAUGAUGCAGAAAGCGCUCUUUGACUUUUUGAAACACAAGUUUGAGGGCAGGAUAUCCAUCACACGGGUGACAGCAGACAUCUCCCUGGCCAAACGUUCAGUCCUCAACAACCCCAGCAAACACACCAUCAUCGAGCGCUCCAGUACCCGCUCCAGCUUGGCGGAGGUGCAGAGUGAGAUUGAGCGUAUCUUUGAGCUGGCCCGCACCCUUCAGCUGGUCGCUCUGGAUGCGGACACCAUCAACCACCCCUCUCAGCUGUCUAAGACCUCCCUGGCUCCCAUCAUUGUCUAUAUCAAAAUAGCCUCACCUAAGGUUCUCCAGAGGCUCAUCAAAUCCAGGGGGAAGUCCCAGGCUAAACACCUAAAUGUGCAGAUGGUGGCAGCAGACAAGUUGGCUCAGUGCCCACCUGAACUGUUUGACAUCAUCCUGGACGAGAACCAGCUGGAGGAUGCUUGCGAGCACCUGGCUGACUACCUGGAGGCCUACUGGAAGGCGACACACCCUCCGAGCAGCAACCCUCCCAAUCCUCUGCUCAACCGCACCAUGGCCACGGCAGCCCUGGCCGCCUCUCCUGAACCCGUCUCCAACCUGCAGGGGCCGUACCUGGUACACGGUGAGCAGAAGCGGGAAGGGCAUCUGACAGAGUGCGGUGGGAGUGGCACUCUGCAUGACUAUCAGACAGACCUGGGAGGAAAACCUCAGCAGCAGCAGCAGCAGACGUACCUGCGCUCUUCCCGUGGCCAACUACGAGGAGGGAGCGGCCGAGGACUGUCACGGCAGGACACCUUCGACUCAGAGACGCAGGGCAGCCGGGACUCUGCCUACACCGAGGCCGGCGACUCGUGCAUGGACAUUGAGACUGACCCCUAUGAAGAGCCCGAGCCCUACCGAGGAAGCGGGGGCAGUCGCCUCCACCUGGCGCAGCAUCACGGUCGGCAGGCCUCCUGGGAAGAUGAAGGUGCUGAGCCAGACCAGGAAAACCUGAACCACCCUCCGAUGCCAAGCCAGACGCAGCCGCAUGGACGUGCCAAGCUGAGGGAGCGUUACUGCCAGGAACCCGUGGACACGGGGGCCAACAUGAGCCGCAACAAGAACCAGGACGACUGGGGAAGGGACGUCUACAUCCGCUGAGCACACAUCAUACCACUGAGGCAAAGGAAGCUUCUGGACAGACUGAGAGCAGGGAGAGAUGAAGGGGGUUCAGAGGAAACUGAAGUGUGGGUUUGGGGCCAUGCCAGUCAGGCUAAACAAAUUAAUCUGUUUACAUCCCAGUAUAAUGUAAAGAAAUACAUCAACUGCCAGAUGCCAUUCUCGUCAACUUCUUCUUGCAAUUCAAUUUAUUUAUGUUUAGAAAAAAAUAUAUUGGUCUGUUUUUUGUUUCCUAUGUUAAUACUGCAUGAAUAUCAUAGAUUUCUAUACUGACAGCACGAGGACAGUAAUUGUUACGAUUGUGAAUCUAUGAUUGUGAUCUGUAUGACUCAAUCUCUCCUUCAAUUGUAGAGUGUGAAGGCUGGUAGAGCUGUAGUCUGUCGUGUCUGUCCUCUGCAGUCUUAAACAGGGUCUAAUGUCACCGUCCCCAUGUACAGUGUCAGGGUUUCUCUUUACCUUAAUCUCACUCAGUGCUUUUGGAUUUCAGGGUUUCCGCCUAUUCUAAGAUCCACAAGUUAUGAGUUUCUCACCUCCACUCUAUCACCCAGACCUUAAAAAAAAAAAAAAAAGAAAAGCUGGUGGAGAAGUUGCCAUAUUUAAACAUGAGAAUUUAUCACUGUUGCUACGCUCAUGUCAGCUUGAUAACAACAAAGAAUACACUCCAAAGACGUUUACUUCUUCCCUGACGUGGUUCAGCCACUGUACCCGACUGUACACGUUUGACCCAGUCCUCCCAUUUCUGUUUUUCUCUUCCUCGUGGGUGCUGAGGCCGCCCGCUGUAUUCACUUGUUCUCUGGUAACGUUAGUGCAGCUUUUAAAGCAGCACUGCAGUUGUAGUUGUGUGAAUGAAAUGUCCUGCCUUAGUCACUCCCACCCUUAAAAAAAUAAAUAAAAACACCCUCAUUUAAAAAAAACUCCAAUCACAAGUGCCGGAAUGUCUCGCCAAGCCAUGUCCACCACUGCUACGGUGGGAUGUCUUAACUCUUGUUACACUCGUUUUCAUGCCAUGUCUGUGUCUUUUCGUGUCUUGUGGCUACUCUGCACCGUAGCCCGUUGCUGUCGCUCCAGCACAUCUUGUUUUUCUUUGCACCAGCUUCGUCGUCUGUUUUUCAGGGCUAAUGGUUAUAUAAAAAGUACUCGUGUGUGGUUAUUCACUCCCAACUUCACCCCCAAACAGCUAGCUAGUCUGAUAUUAAAUACCACUCUCUUCUUACUCUUUGAUUUCUGACUGAAUUAGUGUUGAUUUUUCUUUUCUUCCUGUGGACAUUUGCAAUUUUCUUUUCUUUUCUUUAUUUUUCUUUAUCUUCAUUUUUUUUUUUUUUUUUUAAAUCUUCAGUUCUUGUGAGGUAGUGAGAGGCGUAUCAAGUGGGUGGGGGGUGGGAAAGGGGGUUGGAUCAACUUUGGUCUUUACUCAGUUAUCUAUAAUGGAGAAUCCAUGAAUGUCUUUGGCGGGCUGCUUCGGCCUGUCCCUGUUUUCAGUUGAAUAAAUAAAUAUUAAAUAAUGAUCAGUAAAUAAUGUUAUUGUUGCGUUAUCGCAAUUGUUAAAAAUAUGAAAUAACAUGUAUCAUUGGUGCCUGAUUGUAGCUACAUUUUGCUUUUUCUGCCUUUCAUUUUUAAUCUGUGGAUAAAUUCGUAUUUUAAUUAAAAAUUUAAGCAGA